AUUUGCCCCGUGAACCGUACGGUAACACAACACCUGAGCUCUGAAGCAGGUAGAUACAGACGAAUGUGUUGCUCUUGACAGCUUUCGACAGAAAACCCUUUGAACGAAUUUUUUUUAUAUAUAUAUAUAUAUAGGAAACAAUGCUAAGCGACUGAACUAGAUUUUUACCAGUCAGUUCUGCUGACACUACAGCUAAAGUGGAUUGGCGAAUUUUUAAGACAUUUAUACCUCACACCAGGAUACUUUUAAAUUCAACAAAAAUGGACUCGUGGCGUUUUCUUUUCGCUGCCUUGGUUUUUAUUCUCGGUGUUCAUGGCGGCGAAACACAGAGUAGCACAGAGGACAAACUCACAUCAGCACAGGGCCAGUGUGUCCAGCCUUUCAAGUCCGGUCGGAAAGACUUUGUUCUCGACACGGAAGAGUCGAUUGAGGAUGGGGCCGUUUUCCUGUCAAACCCGAGCGUCGCGCACAGGAACGCGUGCAUUGCUGCGUGCUGCAGAGAUCCCAGAUGCAACUUGGCCCUCAUAGAAGACGGAUACGAGAAGGGACCCAACAACAGCUGCUUUCUCUUCAACUGCUUAUAUAAGCAAAAAUAUGUCUGUCGAUUUAUUCAGAAGAAGGGGUUCACAAAUGAUAUACUGGAUUCAGUCUAUGAAUAUUACCUGAACGGCCGCAAAAGUGCUGGGAAGGACAAACCGCCCAUUGCCAACGCUGGACGGGAUGUGGUGGUCCAGCCUAAUGAGGAGGUGUUGCUGAAUGGCAUUGAGAGUUGGGAUGAUAGGAACAUCAUCAGCUAUGAAUGGAGUCUCAUCAGUGGAGAUGAAUCUCUCCAUAUAGAGAAAACUGAUCUGCCAGACCAGGUGAAGGUGUCCAAGUUGGUACCUGGGGUGUAUAAGUUCAAACUGACAGUGACCGAUUCUGCACACCAUUCUGAUUCUGCUCAAGUCACUCUCUUGGUUCUCACUCCUGACCAAUCUGAGCGUCACUGUUUGACCCCUAAAAAGGUUGGACCCUGCCGAGGUUCUUUUCCUCGUUGGCAUUACAACGCUGCAUCCAGCAAGUGUGAGCAGUUCAUCUUUGGAGGGUGUAAAGAGAAUAACAACAACUAUCUCUCUGAACAGGAGUGUUUGAAUGCCUGUAAAAACACGACAGUAAUAUCUGGAGAUACGAGAAAGCUGCCCAAGGAAGACUGUACUUCGUCUUGUGGAGAAGACCAAUUUAAAUGCUCUAACGGCUGCUGUGUGAAGAAAGAGCUUGAGUGUGAUGAACAGCAGCAAUGCAGCGAUGGUUCUGAUGAGGAGAACUGUGAACAAUUGAAUAAUGGCCUGACUCGACUUCUAGGGAUUGAGGUGAAUAAAAAAGCACACUGCACAGAUCCAGCUGUUGUGGGCCCAUGUCGAGCCAGUUUUCCUCGCUGGUACUAUGACCCUCUUAACGAAAAGUGCCAUCGCUUCACCUAUGGUGGCUGUGAUGGCAAUGAGAACAACUUUGAGACAUCAGACAAGUGCAUGGACAACUGCUCCGGUGUCACCGAAAAUGAUGUGUUUGCCAGAGGAUUGUAUGUAAUUGAGGCUCUAGGAGAAAGCCAGUCAGCUUCUGUUGCCCUAGCUGUGGUUUUGGUUGUCGCCAUCUUGGCCGUUCUGGCUGUGUUGGGUUACUUUUUCCUCAAGAACAAGAGAAAAAGCCAUCAGCCUGUGGCCACCAGCAGUCCUCCAGUGGUGUACAGUGAUGAUGACCAACAGCUGGUCUACAACAGCACCACCGCCAAAGCAUGACCAUCUUUAAAAACUCCAUAAACUUUAACAUCUUUUCUGCCAUAUGGUCUGCCCCUCAGACUCAGUUAAGGGUUCCUGACCUUUACGUAAUGCCAUUUUAAAUGUGUGGUCACUGAACCAGGUCUUUUAUCUCAGGUCUUAAUGAUCAAGGUGUUUAAUGUGGAUUUUUAGAAUUAGUGUAUUAUAUUACAUUGAUAAAGACCCGUGUUUGUGGCCCUGGAGAGUUUUUAGGUAGAAAUCACUCCUUAUAGAUGGUCUUCUACCAUCUGACAAGCACUUGACAAAAAACAUUGUAACUUUCUUUUUGUUUCCCAUAAAGCCAUAAAAUGUAUCAUUCUGAUUAUUUCUGAGGGGGAUUGAAAUGUCUUGAUUUGCCUCUAGAGGCUAUAUUAAUAUUUCUGUUACAUUUAAAAGUACAUGUUUUAAUGGUGUGACAAUUCAUUGUUUAUAUAUGUGGAAUGUAAGAUUGUUUGUAUUUUUAGCCCUAUAAAUCCACGAGUUCUUAUUGCACUAAAUUUUAAAUGUUUGCCAGCUUUUUGCUGUUUAUUAAUAUGAGUGCUCUGAGUGAUAUUCCAGUUGUUGAGUCCUGGGAUGGAACAGGCUUAAACACUGGGGAGAAAAAACAAAACAUAACAAACCUACAUUUGAUGCUUUUGUGUUUCUCAAUAUGGGUCAAGAGUGUCAAAUAAUGACUAAAAGAUGUCAAAUGUUUUUUGUGGGUGGAUGUGUUUCUUUAAGAUAUGCAUCGGAUUAUUUCUGGUUUUCUUUUAAGUAUUUUAAACCGUGUAAGUGCCAUUUGGUGAAUAAGGACAUGGAUUCAGGAGCUUUGAUUUUGAAUAAAAGUUUAAAAUU